CCAUGACGGGAACUCCUAAAUAUUUUAUAUAUAGCAGUACGUAUAUGUUAAUCCCAGCCUGCUAAUUUAUCCCUUGCAUUCUUCCCCUUUGAAAUCCAUAAGUUUGUUUUCUAUAUCUGUAAGACUCUUUCUGAAACAAACAUUUUAAAUGAUUAAACAAUAUACCAUCAUAUGGAUGAUUCACAUUGACUUAAUCAUGCUGACAAAAUGUUUACAUUUGAAUUUUUUAUUAUUACAAAUGAUGCUACAAUGGGCAUCAUUAUAUGUAAAUUUUUGACUGAGGCUCUAAAUAUUUCUGCUACAUUCAUAGUAACUGGUUAGAGAUCUGAAUAUUUUUAAGAGUUUCCAUAAUCUAUUACCAAGUUAUUUUCCAAUGAUUGCACCAGCUAAUACUUUGCCUAGGAAUGAAAUUAUGUUCCCAUUUUACUGUAUUUCAAACACUAUAUGGCAUCAUCUUUAAAAUGUUAUUUUGAUAGGCAAAAUAAAUAUGCCCUCCUCACCACUUCAAACUAUGUUUCUCUGAUUAUCAGUGAAGUCAAACAUUUUUAAUUAGUUAAAAAAUUAUAUUUCUUUAGAGAUUUCUGUUCCUGUCCUUUAUGUAUUUUCUAGUGAUAUUCCAACUGAUUAUAGAAACACUUUAUGGAAGAAAACUAUAGAAAUUAUGUCAUAUUAGUUGUGAUAAUUUCCUGGUUCGUAUCUGACAUUUGAUGUUACUCUUGACGUUUUUGACAAAACAAUUAUGUAACUGAAUUUAGCAAUUUUUAACCCUCAGGGAUGCUUUCGUUUCUUUUGAUAGCAUUUACAUUUCUUUAGAUUUCUUUAUGCACACUCACACAUGAGCACUUUUAUAUUUCAUGCAUAAAAGAUAUAAAUACCAUGAAAUAGUCUUUAAAAUUUUGAUAAUAGAAAAAUACAUAACAUAAAAUGUACAAUUCUAUGUUCCAGUAUAUACAGUUCACUGGCAUUAAGUAAAUUUAUAUUGUUUAUAACCAUCAUCUCUACCAACUCCAGAAUAUUUUCUUCUUCCCAGACUGAAACUCUGUACACAUUAAACAAUAACACCCCAUUUCAUCCCUCCCUUGAAAACCACAUUCUAUGUUCUGGCUCUAUGUGUUUGAAUACUUUAAUUCAUGUUAAGUGGAAUUAACGAUAUGUGUCCUUCUUUGUCUAGUUUCUUUCACUUAGCACAACUUCAAGUUUCAUCCAUAUUUUAACAUGUGUCAGAAUUUUAUUCCCUUUUUAGGGAUGAAUAGUAUACCACUUUAUGUCUACACCACAUUUUGUUCAUCCAUUCAUCCAGCAGUGGAAAGUUGAGUUGUUUCCACCUUUGGCUACCCUGAAUAAUGCAUCUAUGCACAUGGAUACACAAAAUAGUCUUUCAGACAACAUUGUUAAUCUGUACAGACACAGUCAUUGAAAUUGUUUGGGAAUAUUUAUACCAAUUGCUGACGCCUAAAUUAUGAAUCAGCUUUACCUAACCCACACAGAAUAGUCUCUUUGCACUGAAUAUUCCUUUUAAGACCUCAAAUGCCAUCUUUGUGCAUCUUAUCAAAUGUUUUUCUUGAAAAUAUUCUGGUAAAUUGUUACAUAACUAGUUUAAAGGUAAGAGGUCCUGAAGAUUGAUACUUAUACAGAAAUGGGCAUGCACCAAAAUGCAUGUGACUUGUUAGAGCAUUAUGAAAGAUGCUCCUUGUCCUUCUGGGCCAGGGAGAGCUCAGAGUUGAAUUGGAUGUAUUAUAAAUUAGUACCUCAUUUCUCCACAAUUACUUUUCAACAGAUAAUUCAGGAAUGGCUAAAGGAAAUCAGACCAUUAACAAUGAGUUUAUCCUCAUGGGAUUUACUGAUCACCCAGAGCUGAAGACCCUUCUGUUUGUGGUGUUCUUUACCAUCUAUCUGAUCACCAUGGUGGGAAAUCUCACCCUGGUGAUAAUGAUUUCAAAAGAGCAUCAUCUGCACACUCCAAUGUACAUCUUUCUGGGCAACCUCGCUCUUGUGGAUUCUUGCUGUGCCUCUGCCAUUACUCCUAACAUGUUAGGGAACUUGUUUUCUGAAAACAGAAUGGUUUCUCUCUAUGAAUGUAUGGCACAAUUUUAUUUUCUUUGCACUGUUGAAACAGCAGACUGCUUUCUUCUGACAGCAAUGGCCUAUGAUCGCUAUGUGGCCAUCUGCAACCCACUGCAGUACCACACCAUGAUGUCAAAGAAACUCUGUGUUCAGAUGACCACAGCAGCCUACAUAGCUGGAAACCUGCAUUCCAUGAUUCAUGUUGGGCUUCUGUUUAGGUUAACUUUCUGUGGCUCUAAUCACAUCAACCACUUUUACUGUGAUAUUCUUCCUUUGUACAGGCUCUCUUGUGUUGACCCUUAUGUUAAUGAAUUGGUACUAUUUAUAUUUUCAGGCUCAAUUCAAGUCUUCACUAUAGGCAGUGUCUUAAUAUCUUAUCUCCAUAUUCUCUUUACUAUUUUCAGAAUGAAAUCCAAAGAGGGAAGGAUCAAAACAUUUUCCACCUGUGCAUCCCACUUUCUGUCAGUCUCAUUAUUCUAUGGAUCUCUUAUUGUCAUGUAUAUUAGACCAAAUUUGCUUGAAGAAGGGGAUAAAGAUAUACCAGCUGCUAUUUUGUUUACAGAAGUAGUUCCUUUACUAAAUCCUUUUAUUUAUAGCCUAAGAAAUAAGGAAAUAAUAACUGUCUUGAGAAAAAUUCUGAAGGAAAACAAAUCUCAAAAAAGUUUAAAACAAAUGACAUCUACUUUAGCUUAA